CAUACGUAUAAUUCCUAUAUACUGUGUAUUUUAAUUACAUGCUAUGUAAUCUUUACUUAAAAAUUGUAUCUUUUAAUGCUUGUGUCAUAAAUAAGCAAGAGAUUUCUUAUAAAUAACAUUUCUUCGUAAUAAAAUUCUCUCUUUAAAAUUUGGGUGACUUUUAUAUGCGAUAUCGAUUCCUUGUCGAUGUUUCGAUUAAAUCGAACGAACAGUAUAUCGAAAUUUUGUAAUCGACAAGUCGAGUAUCGAUAAUAUCCAUAUUUUGUUAGAUAUCGAUAAUGAAAUGUAAAUAUACUUCGAUUGAUCAUUGAUUGGAUGUAAUAUUAUUAAACAAUGGAAAAGGAAGAAAAUAUAGUUGAAGAAAAUGGAUUUUAUACCGCAGCUGCCGAAUACUGGGAACAUAUUCCACCGACGGUGGAUGGAAUGCUGGGUGGCUUUGGAUUUAUUUCUCAAAUUGAUAUAAAGGGUUCCACAAGAUUUCUGAAAUCUUUAUUCGAAUUAAAAACUCCACCGUCUCGAACAUACGCGCUAGAUUGCGGCGCGGGCAUAGGAAGGAUAACGAAAAAUCUAUUAUUAAAUCACUUCAAACAUGUUGAUUUAGUGGAACAAAAUUCAAAAUUUGUAGAAGUUGCAAAAACGUGUUUAAAAAAUUAUUCUACAAGAAUUGGCAACUAUUAUUCUAUUGGACUGCAAGAUUUUUGUUUUACCACUAAGAAGUAUGAUGUCGUAUGGUGUCAGUGGGUUUUGGGCCAUUUAAAGAAGGAUCAUUUAAUAGAAUUUCUAAAGAAGUGUUCGAUGGGUCUAAAAUCUGAUGGUUUAAUCGUGAUCAAGGAAAAUGUAACAACUUCUACAAACUUAGAAAUUGAUACAAAGGAUUCAUCUGUGACAAGACCUCUGUCUGAAUUUUACAGCAUAUUUGAGGAAUCUGACUUAAUGUGCAUCAAAGAAGAACAACAACAUAAAUUUCCACGUGGAUUAUACCCAGUUUAUAUGUUUGCUUUGAAACCCAUUAAUAAAUCUUGAAUUUGUUAAAAAUAUUAAAUAAAUUAUUUUACGAUUUGUACGUCUUAUAAA